AUGAAGUUCCUCGCCCUCCCUCCACUCGCCCUCCUCGGCCUCGCAUCCGCGCAGCAAAUAUCCAUCGAGUCCCCGCGGCCAGGCACCACCCUCCACCGCAACCGCCCAACCGACAUGGUGGUGCAGACACAGAACAACGGCACGGUGCAGGAAGUCUCGGUGGUGCUCAGCAUCCUCCCCUGCCCGGACGGCACGUGCCCCAACGCCGGCGAGGACCUGGGCACCAUCUUGUCGGCCGGCCCGUUCCAGCCGACCGGCCAGCCGCCGGAGCAAAAGUUCAGCAUCAACAUCCCCGAGUCGUUUCCCGUGGGCUACGCCGAGCUGCUGGCUACGCACUUUGUGCUGACGGGGGUGAGUUAUCCCGACCUGGUUGGUGGUGGCACGUGA